AUGUCCACUGACUCUGGUCAGAUUGAAUCCAGUUCCAAAAUCUCGCCGUCAGACGAGAAGCAGAGAGAUUCCAAUCGCGCUGCGGUCUACACUCCAUCCUCCACUCCACCCUCCGAAGCUCCACAGCGGGCCCAGUCCCCCGAAAGCAUGGCUGAUUCCUCCGCACCCACCUCUGGGGCUGCCGAAACCAAACACGAGGUCGAGCCAUCUGGCGACAAUAGCGCUGUCAAGUCAGAUGCAAAGCCAUCCGUGCCUGUUCCAGACACUUCCUCCCAGAAGGCCGCAUGCAAGAAGCACCCAGUGAAGGAAUCUGGCACCAGUCGCAAGCGUGAUGGGAAAAAGAAGACCCACAAGCAAAACAAAUCCUCCUCGUUGACCAGCGAAAGUUCUUCUGAAUCGACCUCAUCAUCUGACAGCUCUGAUGCCAGUGAUGCCGAUUCCGAUUCCGAUACUACUGACUCCCAGUCCACCUCUGAGUCUGAUGAGGCCGACAAGAAAAGGCGAAGACAGCGAGGAAAGAAAACCAAGAAGGUGCCAAAGGGAAGUAGUAGAAAGAAAAAAUCUUCUCGGUCGCACUACCAAGCAGAGUCAGAGUCCGAUCCUGACGAUAGUGAUGAUGGCAACUCCUCCCUCGACGAAAAGACCUUGAAAAAGCUCGUGACCAAACUCAAGGCAAAGAGAAAGGCCAAGAUCCAUUCUAAAGACUCAUCUGAGGAACAGGAGGAAGAUGAUGAUGACUCUGAUUCGGAUAACAUAGCACUUCUUCUGGCCAAGGAGAGAUUGGCGGUCAUUAGACUCAAGCUAGCCGAUGGACGUCAGGCCAAAAAUCGCGGCAAAAGGGGUUUAGGAGAAGGCCAACCAGACGGCCAGAAAAGCUCACAGAAGUCCAAGGGCAAGAAGAAACCGGCCUCCAAAGUAGCUUACAAGCGGGUAGAUCAAUUAUGGGACAAUACAAUCCACAACUACAAGCUGACAGAGACUGUCAAUGAUCCCGAUGCCAACGAAUGGGACCAAUACAUCUUCACUGUCCGUCGCAAGUUUAACUGGGAAAACAAGUAUGUGGAGACAGUUGUUGAUAUCAAGAGCAAACACCUCCGGGAUGCCUUGUCCAAGGUUAUGGAUGGUGUCAAGGGUGUGAGCUUAGUACAAGAGACUGCUGUUGUCGACCCCAAUAUGCUUUUCUUAUAUCUCGAGGAAACGCGUCAGCACAUGAAUGAUCUGAAGCAGCUUGCCAAAACCGAGAAAAAGAAAAAGGCGAAAAAGGUGGCUGCGUUAAAGGUAGCUCACCUCAAAAUCCUCAUCAAGUAUCUGGACGCCGACUAUUCUGAGACAAAAAAGACACUGUACCCAUUGCUGGAGGCCAACAUGAUCACUUUCGAUUUGCUGUGGGCGCUGUUCAAACCAAACACAAUUGCAUACUCCCCGACCUAUGGGAACCAGGAUGAACCGCGCGCCUUCAAAAUUGAGUAUGCAACAAAGGAGUCAUCCUUCAUGAAGGGCCAGUGGUAUAGCAUCGAAGGCCGCUAUCUGGAAUACGACGGCAAGGCUUUUGGUAUGGGAACAAUGUCAGCAGACGUGGAGGCCUUUAAAGGAGCUCGCAAGAUCACCAGCCUCGCAUGCUACCCGCUCAAAUACCAUCGUGAGGCAGACGACGUCAGAGUCAAAUUGAUCGAACGGGGCAAGAAAUUUGUAUCUCUUAGGGGUAUGAACUAUCGGUUUCACAAGGGCAUGGCAUUUUUCAAGAAGAAGCGCAAUGUUAUCAAGGUCAAUAUCAAUGGACGGGUGAUGAUUGAUCCCGCUAUUCACCGCCGUAUCAACCCCAAUUAUCCCAUUAGCACUGUCCGUCCUAAAGACCCUGAUCUUCUAGGUGGUUCUGAUGAUGAUGCCAGCGAUGAUGGGUGUGGCUGUGCGUUGGGAUCUGAUUCAGAUCAGGAUUCAAACCACCGUCGGGACUCUGAUACUCCCCAGCACAUGUACAAAGUCAUCCAAGAUAAAGAGGGCAAGCCACAUGUGGUGGAGGUCGAACUGGAUGAAAAUGGAAAUGAGAUCCAAAAGGAGAAGAUGGAUGACGUUCAGGAUCCUUCGGAUCGGGAGUUCAGCGAGGAGGAGCUGCUGAUCGCCAGCCCCGUCGUCCUAGGGUUUGCCUUUAGUGAGAAGCUGUGGUUAGAAUUCAGUAUCUCAGGCGUCAGUGAGAUUGACUGGAACGAGAAGGCAUUUGACUCACUGGUCCUCCCUGAUAACCAGAAGUCUAUCGUCAAGGCACUGGUUGAAUCCCACACGUUCCGCGCCGCACAGAAUAUUGACGACGUCAUUCAGGGCAAGGGUAAGGGACUUGUCGCUGUGCUCCAUGGCCCACCAGGUACAGGCAAGACCCUUACUGCCGAAGGAAUCGCAGAGCUUCUCAAACGUCCGCUAUACAUGGUGAGUGCAGGAGAGCUCGGAACUGACUCGCGAACUCUGGAGGGCGAGCUCAACAAGAUUCUGGACAUCGCACACUCCUGGGGAGCCGUGCUUUUGCUCGACGAGGCAGACAUCUUCCUUGAGAAGCGCACAAUUCAGGAUAUCCAUCGCAAUGCGCUGGUCAGCAUCUUCCUUCGUCUUCUCGAGUAUUUCCAGGGCAUCCUCUUCCUUACCACGAACCGGGUAGAGACUUUCGACGACGCCUUCCAGUCCCGUAUUCAUGUAGCAUUGCGGUACGGAGAUCUCACCACCAAGGCCAAGCGAAGCGUGUGGAAGAUGUUCUUGGAACGCGUGCAAGCCAUGGAAGGUUUGCAAACUGCGAAGUUCACUGAGAAAGACUUUGAUGCACUGGCCCGCCAUAAUUUGAACGGGCGUCAGAUCAAAAACUCGGUCCGCACCGCCCAAGCUCUCGCUGUCAACGAACAAUCUCCCUUGUCCAUGGAGCACAUCAAACGUGUACUGGAAGUAGCCGAAACCUUCGAUCACGAUCUCCGCGGUGGAACGGGAUACAUGGAUGCUAUGAGAAGCUACACUUAA